AUGACGCAGUCGCCCAUGAUCUCGUCGCCGCUCAAGGCCACAAACGAAAUCGACUGGGUCACCCCGCUAAAGGACUACAUCAGGAACACAUAUGGCGAUGAUCCGGAGCGCUAUGCCGAGGAGUGCGCCACCCUCAACCGUCUGCGACAGGACGUGAGGGGCGCCGGCAAGGACAGCACCUCGGGCCGCGAUAUGCUCUACAGAUACUACGGCCAGCUCGAGCUGCUCGACUUGCGCUUUCCUGUCGACGAGCAACACAUCAAAAUCUCCUUCACAUGGUUCGAUGCCUUCACGCACAAAUCGACGGCACAGUACUCGCUUGCGUUCGAGAAAGCCUCCAUAAUAUUCAACAUUUCAGCUGUCCUGUCAUGUCAUGCCGCUCACCAAACGAGGUCGGAGGAGUCGGGCCUAAAGGCCGCGUACCACUCUUUCCAAGCCUCCGCCGGCAUGUUCACUUACAUCAACGAGAACUUCCUACACGCACCUUCGUCCGACCUUAGCCGCGAGACUGUCAAGACACUCAUCCAUAUUAUGUUGGCCCAGGCGCAGGAGGUGUUUUUGGAGAAACAGGUGGCGGACAAUAAGAAGCCGGCCUUGUUAGCUAAGCUUUCCAGCCAGGCGGCGUCCUUAUACUCGCAAGCGGUGGAAGGCGUCCAAGACAACUUUAACAGAGCCAUUUUCGAGAAGGUUUGGCUGCUCAUGGUUCAGGUGAAACAUAACCUCCUCAGCUCCAUGGCGCAGUACUACCAGGCGCUUGCGGACGAUGAAGGUGGACAGCACGGAAUCGCUGUUGCCAGGCUCCAAGUUGCCGAAACACAAGGGAAAGAGGCGAACCGUAUCGCCAAUAACUUCCCGAGCUCGGUGCCACCCAGUUCCAACCUCGGCGCUGAGACUGGCGGUAUCCUGGUCGACUUUACAAAACGGCACUUGUCGACCGUGCAGGAUAAGCUCAAGGAAUUCAGCAAGGACAACGAUUUCAUCUAUCACCAAAAUGUGCCCGCGGAGGCGAGCUUGCCGCCUGUCCCAAAGCUCCCAGCGUCAAAGCCAAUCCCUGUCAGCGAAUUAUAUGCCGGUCAAGAUAUACAGCGCAUUACGGGGCCGGAUCUGUUCUCCAAGAUCGUGCCACUAGCUGUUACGGAAUCAGCAAGUCUUUACGAUGAGGAGAAGGCCAAGUUGAUCAGAGCCGAAACUGAGCGGGUGGAUAUCGCCAACAGUGAGAUGGCAGCGAGCUUGGACUACUUGAGGCUUCCUGGUGCUCUUCAGGUUUUGAAAGGGGGGUUUGACCAAGAGAUCCUGCCGGAUGAUGAGUUCAGGACCUGGUGCGAAGACGUUGCUGGCCAUGAAGACCCAACCGCCAUAUUUGAAACGUUGCGCUCUGACAAGGAGAUCAUUGUGAAUACGCUGGACAAGAACACGAAGCAACUGGAUAUGGAAGAGAGCGUGUGCGAGAAGAUGCGCUCUAAAUACGAAAACGAGUGGACGCAGCAACCGAGUUCGAGAUUGACGUCGACGUUACGAAGCGACAUUAGGAAUUACCGAGAGGCGUUGGAAGAGGCAGCACGAAGCGACAACCAACUAGCGGCGAAGCUGAGGCAAAACGAAACAGAAUUCGAGGAGAUGCGGGCUGCUGCCACCCAUGGCAGCAUCGACUCCUUAUUCCAACAUGCUGUGAGCAAGGUGCGCGGGAAGUCAAGCAAUGUUACGAGCCCUUCGGGCAACGAACCGAACUUGCUGGAUGUUGAUUUCGAGGAAGGGGGCCCUAGUGUCGUUGAUCAGAUUCACAAGGUGGAGGAUAUCAUGAAAAAGCUGAAUCUCAUCAAGAGGGAACGCAACCAAGUGUUGAAGGACCUCAAGGAAAAGGUCCACAACGACGAUAUCUCGGAGAUUCUGAUCCUUAAUAAGAAGUCGAUUACGAAUUAUGAGAACCAGCUUUUCCAGUCGGAGCUGGAGAAGUUCCGCCCUUAUCAGAACAGACUGCUCCAGGCCAAUCACAAGCAGUCGGCGCUGAUGAAGGACCUGACGACUAGUUUUAACACUCUCUUGCAGGAUAAACGAGUUAGGUCAGAGCAAAGCAAGUAUGAGGCGGUCCAGAGGCAGAGGACCGCAGUCAUGAACAAGUACAAACGAGCGUACCAGGAGUUCCUUGACUUGGAGGCCGGUCUCCAGGGCGCGAAGACGUGGUACGCCGAGAUGAAGGAGACCGUGCAGAGCCUCGAGAAGAACGUGGAGACGUUUGUUAACAACAGGCGCUCUGAGGGUGCUCAGCUUCUCAACAGCAUCGAGCAGGAGCGGUCGACUCGCAAAGACGCACAUGCAGAGUUAGAGCGCGAGCGUCUGCGAGGACUGAUGGAGCGCAUGUCCAUGGAACCCCCCGCACCUUCACCGAAACCUGCGUCAAACCGACCUACGCCUUCGCCUUUGAACUUCGCCAACACAUCGACACCGCGAUACCCUCAGACCAACUUUUCCGGACAGUAUCAAGUUCCUCAGUCUCCGCCCCCGAACCAGCAGCAGUACCCUAGCUUCGCUGCCCCUCCGACUACCCAGUCGUACACGCCUCAGCAAGGAAAUGCAUACGGUCAGCCUGCGUACAACCCAAGCCAGUACGGACCCACCCCGGGUCCGACAUCACCACCACCCCAUCAAUCCACGUUUGGUCCCGCUGUUCUCCGUGGCCCAGCCUCGCCUCCACCCACGCAAACGUCCUUCAACCAGGGCCAGCAGUACGGCAGUUUCCCUAACCAGCAGCAACAAAUGCCAGCCGGCUUCGUGCCACCACCUCCACCCCCUGGCCCGCCGCCACUGGGUCCCCAGCAGACGUUUUACGGCCAGCAAGAUUUCCAACAACAGCAGCAGCAGCAAAACUACCAGCAGCAAAACCCCCAUAGUGCGUACCCGUCAAGUGCGCACCCACGGUCGGCUCAGCCGCAGCAGAACAGCGAUCCGUGGGCAGGGCUGAACAACUGGAAAUAA